ACUUCCGGUCGGCAUUUUGUUCUACGAGAGGAGAGCCUCUUGAUCAUCGCAACAAUCGUCAUAUUUCUCAUUUGCUGUCGAAAUUGGCUACGCUUUUUAUUUAUGUCGGUACAGACCGACUGAAACAUCGAAGAACGAAUGUUUCCCCAUAAAUUUGCGUUGAAACAUUCACCCUUGAGUGACGGAAGAAGAACGAAUCGGUCCGACCCGGAUUAUUGUUGAUAGCUAGCAAGCUAGCUUACCAGCUAGCUGGCAAGCCAGUCGAGUUCUUUUUGGAGGAGCUGCGAGUGAGAAGAAAGGGGGAGCUAGAGAUACGGACACAACCAAGCUAAAACAUUCCCCUCCCUUAGAACGCAACAUCCGAAGAUUGUAGGAGUAGGACUUUUUUUCUGAAAUGUCAGUGGGUCCAACCAAGACUGAAAAGAGUUCUUCAAAAAGGUGUCAGGAGAUGUGAGGACGGGUGUGUCGUCCAUCGACCCCCCGAUCUACCUGUGUAUUGACACACUCCCCCACCCUCACCUUCAGCAUGAAUGGGGAUAUGCCUCAUGUUCCCAUCACCACUCUUGCUGGGAUCGCUAGCCUCACAGACUUGUUGAACCAGCUGCCCUUGCCCUCCCCUCUCCCGGCCACCACCACUAAGAGCUUGCUAUACAAUGGAAGGAUUGCAGAGGAUGUCACCUGCCUGCUGGCCUGUCGGGAUGAGAACCUGGCUUCUCAGCUAGCCCAUGGCCUCAACCAGGUCUCCACAGAGCACAUAGAGCUGAAGGACAACCUGGGUAGCGAUGAGCCAGAGGGAGAUGCACCACUGCUGCUGCAGACCAUGCUGGCCAGGAACCCUGGCAUCUUCAGGGAGAAAACAGAUGUUAUGCAGCAGCCUAUGGUACCACAGUACAAGAUCAACCAGAAUUCCAUUCAUAGCCCGGCCCAGUCCGGGAACUUCCAGCAGGCAGCCAUUUCUCCCAACCCAUCAAGCCGUUUUGUGUCGCCUCCAACUGGUUCCAGUAGCCGGUACAUGGGCCAGCAGAACAGUCCAGUGCCCAGCCCCUACACUCCUCAGAGCCCUGCCACUAGCUACAUCCAGCAGUAUCCCCACCAACAACCACCCACCUAUAACCAACACCAACAGAUACAGCAAGUGUCUGUGGCCAGCCCCAUGGUUCCAGGUGGCAUAAGGAACAUUCAUGAGGGCAAAGUGUCAGGUCAGAUGGCCAACACUGCCAACCACCACCCAGACAGACAUGGCACUGACGAUUACCUAAAUAUUGUACCCAGGCUGGGUAAUGAGGAGGGUGACUCGGCCAUGAGGAAUGCCUCUUUCCCUCUGAGGUCUCCCCAGUCUGGCUGCUCCCCAGCAGGGAGUGAAGGAACACCUAAACCGGGCUCUCGUCCCCCAUUGAUUCUGCAGUCACCACCUCCCUAUGCAGCCUCACCAAGGGAGGGGGGACCUGACCAGAAACAGCAGCUUCAGCAAAGGAAGAAAGGCCCUUCGGUGAAAGAGGAGAAAGACAUGUAUGACAUUGUCAGUUCUCCAAACAAGGACUCCACUAAACUCACCCUCAAGCUGUCUAGGGUCAAGUCCAGUGAGUCUGACCCUCCUGGUGAGGUUGUGCCAGGUAUGGACCAGAACUCGGACAACAUAGAGCCUGAACUGGGUUUCCAGCAGGUGCCUGUUCUCCAGCCGACUGUGGCAGCCCGCCAGCAGCAAGCUCCCCAGCAGACAAGUGGUGCCAGUGGCCUUCAGCCUCCCUCCUCCCCUUAUGACGAUGUUGAGCUAGAUGCCCUGGCUGAAAUUGAAAGGAUAGAGAGAGAGGCAGCCAGCGAGAGAUGCUCCAAGGAGGUGCAAGACAAAGACAAGCCGCUGAAGAAGAGAAAGCAGGACUCGUUCCCCCUUGAGCCAGGCGCAGGCGGGCCGGGGGGACCCACAGGAGCCCCAGGCAGUGGAUCAGCAGGAGGGGGCAACGCUGGCAAGCUGACCCCGCAAGAGGCCACCGCGGCUGGUAAUGGAGCCAGCCGCCCUCCCCUCAUGGUGAGCAUCGACCUCCAGCAGGCAGGCAGAGCUGACGGCCAGCUAGACCCCUGUCUGGCUGCCCCUAUUCCAGCCCUUGAGGCCCAACGCUGGCCUGAAGAACCAGCAAGCGGACCUGCUGCAGUGGAAGGUUCCGACACCGUUUUGCGGUUGAAACCAGAUGGACGACCAGAAGUGAUCAAGAACCGAGUGGAUAAACAUGAUGGCCGGCGAGAAGGUCGGGAGACAUCAAAGCAUCGGCAUGAUGGGAAACCUUCUUCGGACAGACGGGGAGAGGCGCCAAAGUCGUCAAACCGCGGAGAUCAUGGACGAGACAGAGAUCGAGACUCUGACCGAGAUAGGAGACAUCGUAGUGAGACAGGAGGUCGGGACAGACGCUCACCUGAUGCGCGCUACCGAAGUGAUCGAGACAGGUCUGGGUACCGGUCCACUUCCACCGGAGAGCCUGGUCGAAGUAGCAGCAGGCAAGAGGGGACCAAACCAGCCUCCUCUGCUUCUGGUGCCAAGCUUCCAGACUCCUUUCCUGCUCACCUCCUGGGAGGGCACAGUGGCGCGCUGAAGAACUUCCAGAUCCCUAAGGUGAAACGUGAUAAGGAUGGCAGUGUGUCAACAGAAGGGCACAUGUGGGGCCAACCCAAGGUGAAAUUGGAGAGGCUGGGUUUGGUGCAGGACUUUGAGAAGAGACCCAAACCUGUGGUGGUUUUGAAGAAGCUUUCUAUUGACCAGGUCCAGAGGAUCAUCCGGCACAGCAAGUCUGGCAAGAACAGGCUCUCCUCAGGGAAGUCCGGCAAAAGUGGUAUGGACCCAGCAGUUCUGAAGGAGCUGCCCCCAGAGCUGCUGGCAGAGAUUGAGUCCACUAUGCCGCUUUGUGAAAGGGUAAAGAUGAACAAGAGAAAACGAAGCACUGUCAACGAGAGGCCCAAGUAUGCUGAGGUCAGCUCGGAUGAAGACUUUGACGCCAAUGGAGAGUCUGCAAGAAAACGGCAACGUCGAGACAAAGACAAAGCCUGGGAGCACGAUGACAGAGAACGCCGGGGUUCAGGAGAUCAUCGGAGAAGCGGGGGUCACAGAGACAGCCGGCGAGGCUCAGGCAGUCGCUACAGGGACUCCUCUGAUGAGGAUUCUCCACCGCCCAGCAUGAGCGAAGUUGCCAGAAAAAUGAAGAUGAAGGAGAAGCAAAAGAAAAGGAAAGCAUAUGAACCCAAGCUGACCCAAGAAGAACUGAUGGACUCGUCAACAUUUAAGAGGUUCUUAGCCAGCAUUGACAACAUACUGGAGAAUCUGGAGGAUGUAGACUUCACUGCCAUGGCUGAUGAUGAUGAGAUCCCUCAGGAAUUGUUGCUGGGUAAACACCAGCUGAAUGAGCUGGGCAGUGAGUCUGCCAAGAUUAAGGCCAUGGGCAUCUCCAGCAGGAUCCCAUCAGACAAGCUGGUGAAGCUGCUGAACAUCCUGGAGAAGAAUAUCCAGGACGGGUCCAAGCUCUCCACUAUGAUGAACCAUGAUCAUGAUGCUGAAGAUGAGGAGAGACUAUGGAGGGACCUGAUCAUGGAGAGAGUCACAAAGUCAGCAGAUGCUUGUCUGACAGCCCUCAACAUCAUGACUUCAACGCACAUGCCUAAGGCUGUCUACAUAGAGGAUGUCAUAGAACGGGUGCUACAGUACACCAAGUUCCAUCUUCAGAAUACACUGUAUCCUCAGUACGAUCCUGUCUACAGGGUAGACCCACAUGGAGGUGGUAUGUUGAGCUCCAAGGCCAAGCGAGCUAAGUGCACCACACACAAGCAACGUGUAAUUGUCAUGUUGUACAACAAGGUGUGUGACAUCGUCAGCAACAUCUCAGAGCUUCUGGAGAUCCAGCUGCUUACAGACACCACCAUCCUCCAGGUUUCUUCCAUGGGAAUCACUCCGUUCUUUGUGGAGAAUGUCAGUGAGCUGCAGCUGUGUGCCAUCAAACUGGUUACAGCAGUUUUCUCACGUUAUGAGAAACAUCGGCAGCUCAUCCUGGAGGAGAUCUUCACCUCUCUGGCCAGGCUGCCUACCAGCAAACGCUCCCUCAGGAACUUCAGGCUGAACAGUUCAGACCAGGAUGGUGAGCCAAUGUACAUCCAAAUGGUGACAGCGCUGGUGUUGCAGCUCAUCCAGUGUGUGGUCCACCUGCCCAAUGACAAGGACAGCUUAGAGGAGUACGACAGCAAGGUGGAUCAAGAUGUGUUGAUAACCAACUCGUAUGAGACCGCCAUGAGGACAGCACAAAACUUCCUCUCAGUCUUCCUCAAGAAGUGUGGCAGUAAACAAGGAGAAGAAGACUACCGGCCAUUGUUUGAGAACUUUGUUCAGGACUUGUUGUCUACAGUCAACAAACCAGAGUGGCCUGCUGCUGAGCUGCUGCUUAGUCUGCUUGGCAGACUACUGGUGCACCAGUUCAGUAACAAGCAGACAGAAAUGGCUCUGAGAGUGGCAUCCCUAGACUAUUUGGGAACAGUGGCCGCCCGUCUUCGGAAGGACGCAGUCACUAGCAAGAUGGACCAGAGGUCAAUUGACCGAAUCUUGCAAGAGACCCCAGGAAAUGAUGAGACUCAGCAGCUGCAGAAGGCUCUACUGGACUACUUAGAGGAAAAUGCUGAAACUGAUGCCUCUCUGGUGUUUGCUAGAAAAUUCUACAUUGCCCAGUGGUUCCGGGAUGCCACUACAGAGGCUGAGAAGUCCAUUCGGAACCAGAAUCAGAAAGAUGAGGACUCUUCGGAUGGGCCGCACCAUGCCAAGGAAGUGGAGACCACCGGCGAAAUUAUGCAGCGUGCUGAGAAGCGCAAGAAGUUCCUGCGCACCAUCAUUAAGACCACACCAGCUCAGUUCACUACACUGAAAAUGAACUCUGAUACUGUGGAUUAUGAUGACUCCUGUCUGAUUGUGCGUUAUUUGGCCUCCAUGAGGCCGUUCGCCCAGAGCUUUGAUAUUUAUUUAACUCAGAUCUUGCGAGUCCUUGGAGAAAGUGCCAUCGCUGUAAGGACUAAAGCCAUGAAAUGUUUGUCUGAGGUUGUGGCUGUAGACCCCAGUAUACUGGCAAGGUUGGACAUGCAGCGUGGCGUCCAUGGCCGGUUGAUGGACAACUCCACCAGUGUAAGAGAGGCAGCUGUUGAACUGCUGGGACGAUUUGUGCUCAGCAGACCCCAGCUCACUGAGCAGUACUACGACAUGCUGAUAGAGAGGAUACUGGACACUGGUAUCAGUGUGAGAAAGCGAGUGAUCAAAAUCCUACGAGACAUCUGUCUGGAGCAGCCAACCUUCAGCAAGAUUACAGAGAUGUGUGUAAGGAUGAUCCGCAGGGUCAAUGAUGAGGAGGGUAUCAAGAAAUUGGUAAAUGAGACAUUCCAGAAGCUGUGGUUUACUCCAACUCCAGCCCAUGACAAGGAGACCAUGACCAGGAAGAUCCUCAACAUCACAGAUGUGGUUGCAGCAUGUAGAGACACCGGCUAUGACUGGUUUGAGCAGCUUCUUCAGAAUCUGCUAAAGUCUGAGGAGGAAGCAUCCUAUAAGCCAGCCAAAAAGGCUUGUGUUCAGCUUGUUGACAAUCUGGUGGAGCACAUCCUCAAAUAUGAAGAAUCCCUUGCAGAGAACAAGGGUGUAAACUCAACACGGCUGGUGGCAUGCAUCACCACAUUGUAUUUGUUCAGUAAAAUCAGGGCCCAGCUAAUGGUCAAACAUGCCAUGACCAUGCAACCCUACCUGACCACCAAGUGCAACACUGCCAAUGACUUCAUGGUCAUUUGUAAUGUGGCAAAGAUUUUGGAGCUUGUGGUUCCUCUGAUGGAGCACCCCAGUGAGACUUUCCUUGCUACCAUAGAAGAAGACCUCAUGAAGCUCAUCAUCAAAUAUGGCAUGACGGUGGUCCAGCACUGUGUGAGCUGUCUGGGAGCUGUUGUUAACAAAGUCACACACAACUACAAGUUUGUCUGGGCUUGCUUCAACAGGUUCUAUGGUGCGCUUAACAAGUUGAAGAUUCAGCAUCAGGAGGACCCUAACAGCACCACGUUGGUAGCCAAUAAGCCCUUCCUACUGCGAUCGCUCUUCACUGUGGGCGCACUAGGACGACACUUUGAUUUUGAUUUAGAGGACUUCAAGGGCACCAACAAGGUGGUGAUUAAGGAGAAAGUGCUGGAGUUGUUGCUCUACUUCACAAAGCAUGAAGAUGAGGAGGUCAAGACUAAAGCCAUCAUCGGCUUAGGCUUCCUUGUGAUCAUGCAUCCCAGCCAGAUGUUUGUGCCCGAGGUGAAGGCCUUGUACAAUGGCAUCCUGGCUGACACCACCUCUUCCAUCAACCUCAAGAUUCAGAUCCUCAAAAACCUCCAGACAUACCUGCAGGAGGAGGACACGCGGAUGCAGGAGGCCGACAGAGAAUGGAAGAAACUGUCAAAACAGGAGGAUCUGAAGGAGAUGGGGGACAUUUCUUCAGGGAUGAGCAGCUCCAUUAUGCAGCUCUAUCUUAAGCAGGUGCUGGAGGCAUUCUUCCACACACAAUCCAGUGUACGGCACUUUGCUCUCAACGUCAUAGCUCUCACACUCAACCAGGGCCUCAUCCACCCUGUACAGUGUGUCCCCUACCUCAUAGCCAUGGGAACAGACCCAGAGCCCAGUAUGAGGAACAAAGCUGACCAGCAACUGGUGGAGAUUGACAAGAAAUACACAGGAUUCAUCCAUAUGAAGGCAGUUGCUGGGAUGAAGAUGUCAUACCAAGUCCAGCAGGCGAUUGCCUCGUCCCGUAGGACCAUUAUAAGAGGUUUCAGACAGGACGAAACCCACUCAGCACUCUGCUCACACCUCUUCACCAUGGUCAGGGGGAACCGGCAGCACCGGAGGGCCUUCCUCAUCUCUCUGCUCAACCUCUUUGAUGACAGUGCUAAGACAGAAGUGAACAUGCUGCUGUUUAUAGCUGACAACCUGGCCUGUUUCCCAUACCAGAGCCAGGAGGAGCCUCUGUUCAUUAUGCACCACAUAGACAUCACCCUGUCUGUGUCUGGAAGUAACUUGUUGCAAACCUUCAAAGAGUUUCUGCUGAAGGAGCCACGGCGUAAAGAGAAAAAGGUGAAGAAGGACUGGAAGAAUACAUCGGAUGGGGAGGAAGAGGAGGACAAGAUGAACUGUGACUCUCCUAGAAGUGACGAGGAGGAAAACAGCAACAGUGAUGAUGAUGAUGAAGAUGUGGUACGGCGGCCUAAAAAGGCCCGAAAACCUGUUGCAGACUCGGAGAGCUCUGACUCGGAAUCAGAUUUGGAGGAUUUGGAUGUGGAGGAUGUGGAAAAGGUAAUGAGGCUCCUCCCUGAAAAUCCUUCCACUCUCUUGGAUUUUGCCAACGCUGUGCAGGGCAUCCUGUUGCUGCUCGUUCUGAAGCAGCACCUGAAAAACCUGUAUGGAUUUUCUGACAGUAAAAUUCAGAAGUACUCUCCAUCAGAGUCAGCCAAGGUGUAUGAUAAGGCAGUCAACAGAAAAAGCAAUGUAAAUUUUAAUCCCCGACAGACCAUCGACUUCAUCUCCAACAACAUGGCUAACGCCAACCUCACAGAAGACGUCAAAAGACGGAUAGUCAAACAGUACCUAGAUUUCAAGGUUCUGAUGGAACACCUGGACCCAGACGAGGAGGAUGAGGAGGGAGAGGCGUCUGCCAGUGCUAACAUCAGAAACAAAGCCAUAAAUGCCCUGCUGGGAGGCUCCGGCCCCAUGUCAGGACCCAGCCCACGCAAUCAGGCAGGACCAGAGACAGAUGAUGAUGACAGCGAUGGCGAUGAGAGGAACCCUGGGUCCUCUCGAAGGUCAAAGCGAUUGGGUGACUCCUCGGACCCGGGCCGAAUGAGUGAGACAGUGGAAGCUAUGGAUGUGAUAGCUCUCUGCUGCCCCAAGUACAAGGACCGGCCGCAGAUAGCUAGGGUUAUCCAGAAGACUUCCAAUGGAUACAGCAUCCACUGGAUGGCUGGCUCCUACUCGGGGCCCUGGGCAGAGGCCAAAAAACGAGAUGGCCGCAAACUGGUGCCUUGGGUGGACACUAUUAAGGAGUCGGACAUCAUCUACAAGAAGAUUGCCUUGACCAGCAACCACAAACUGAGCAACAAAGUAGUGCAGACUUUACGCUCGCUGUAUGCAGCGCGGGAGGGAGGGGCUAGCUAAUGCCCCCCUUUGUUUUUCUGUUUUUUUUUUUUCUUUUUCUUUUUUUUUUUCUUUUUUUUUUUUUUUUUUGGUCCCCUGGCCCCAUUUCUACUUUAUCAGACACCUUCUCCCUGCUCCUGCUCCUCCUCAACCUGCCACCUCCAACAACACAGCCAAACUUCACUGGAUUCCUACCCUCCUCUCCCUCCUCAUUUUUGUAAGAAAACACGAGGGCAAGAAUAUUUGACACUACAUACUUUUACAUGCGUUAUUCUUGCAAAAAUGAAAAUGAAACAAAAACAUAAGACUUAUUAUAUUAGAGAGACUGGUCAUGUUUUGUUUGUGUACAAGUGCAGAGGAUAGAAUCCAGAAGGCAUUAAAGGAAUAAUUCACCCAAAUUAUCCCUUAAAAAGGCUAUCAGAGAAGAGACCUGGAGGGAAAUGUUUUGUCAACAUUGUUGUGGGAGCUCCUUCGCUGUUGUGCAGCAGAUUCUAGUCGCUCAUUUCUACUCCCACUGUAUCAUAGUUUAACUCGACAAAAAAACUAAAAUGUUUAUAUCUCUGAAGACAAAAAAGCUGUAAAAAAAAAAAAUAAAACCUUAAGUGAAUGUUCGAAAUUAGUCUUUUGAUGUUCUUAUUAAAAAGUGUUUUUGGAGUUUAUUAUACUACUAGCACCCUGUUUUUUUUUUCCUUUUAGCUUUUAGAUCUUUGAAAAAAAAAAAAAAAAAGAAAAAAAAGAAGAAUUUUUAUUUUUGUUCACUUUUAUUUGUCCAUGCUGUACAAUGGCAGAGUCCUCUGGAUAUAAUUUAUUCUAUUUCGAACUACGCAUGCAGUAUAUGUGGCCUAUUGCAGGAGGAUAUUUUGUAAAUGUAGAUUUUGUUGUAUUAGGUCACCCUAGUAAUAAGAGGAAAGGGGAUUCAUACCCCUUUUGGUGGAACAAAUACUGCAAUAAAUUUUCUACUUCUCUUUGUCA